AGUUGCUUCCAUUCUGGUGCCCUGUUCUUAAGAGCUGCCAGUGCAGAGACUGUCCAGCCCCAGGGCAGGGAAAAUAACAUCUGGGAGACAACCAAGCAUCCUCAGUGAACCCCUCUCUGCUAUUGAGGCUGAAGAUGGACAUUUUGUGCUGAUUUUUUUUCAACUCUGGUGAGAAGAAAAGCUGUGGCAGGAAACUGAGCUUCAGACAUAGCCACUCAACACCAUGAUGUCUGGAAAAGGCAAAGGAGGUGCAGAAGGCAGUGCUGAUGUCUACAUUUCAUGCCACAUAGACUCUGAGUUUCGCUACAGCCUCUUCACUGUUUUCUACAGCAUUAUCUUCAUUCUAGGCUUUGUUGCCAACUGCUAUGUUCUCUGGAUUUUCACCCAUAUUUACCCCACCAAGAAACUCAAUGAAAUCAAGAUAUUCAUGGUGAACCUGACAGUAGCUGACUUGCUCUUCUUAAUUACGAUGCCAAUGUGGAUUGUUUACUACCACCACCAUGGAGACUGGAUCAUGCCUGACUUCCUUUGUAACGUGGCUGGCUGUUUAUUUUUUGUUAAUACCUACACUUCUGUUGCCUUUCUGAUGGUCAUCACAUACAACCGUUACCAAGCUGUGACUAAUCCUAUUAAAGCUGCUCAGCUGACCACCCAGAGAAGAGGUAUCUACCUAUCAGCAGCUAUCUGGAUCAUAAUAGUGGGCAGCUCUUUGUAUUACCUUUUUGACAAUAAUACGAAUCAGGAGGAGGUGGACUCCAGGAAUUUCACGCGGUGCUUUGAGCGCUAUGACACCACGAGUGGUGUUUCAGCUGUUCUCGCCAUUCAUGUCAUCAUCUGCAUCCUCUUCUAUAUCAUUUUCCUUUUAAUACUAGGUUGGAACAUUGUCAUUAUCAGGACCCUGUUCUCCAAGUCAGUGCAUCCAAAGAAAAGCGCUCAUGUCAAGCAGAGGGCCCUCUGGAUGGUGUGCACAGUGCUGUCUGUGUUCAUCAUAAGCUUUGUGCCCCAUCACAUCGUGCACCUGCCCUGGACUCUGACGGUUCUGGAGCAGUGGAAGAAGGAAAACUGUCAGCUGCGCCAGCAGCUCAACGAUGCUCACCAGGUGACUUUGUGCCUCUUGAGUACGAACUGUGUGUUGGACCCGAUCAUCUACUGCUUCCUCACCAAGAAGUUUCAGAAGCAUGUUUCAGAAAACCUGAGAAGCAUGAAAGGGAGUCGCAAAUGCUCCAGGCAAACAACUGAUACGAUGAUUGAGGGCACCAUUCACCAAGAGGAUGCCAUUAGGAUCGGUUAGAGCCACUCAGUGUUUUCUGGUUGCACAUGGAAAGGUGUGAAUUAUUCACUCAUCUUUUCUCAAGAAGAGGCACCAGGACACAACAGAGGACCAGGAUUUUUACAUUUUAGUUUUCCAAUUAGACAGAAGAACGGACGCUCAUUUCUUCUGUCACAUGCAAUGGGCAGAACUGGAACCUGCAGUAAUCUGGCAGCAAAGCUCCAUCUGUCCAGGCUGGUGUUCUCAUGGGCACUGAGAACAGCUUAGAUGACUGCUUUAACAUGAAAGCAGUGUGUCACUGAGCCUCUGCAGUGAGCAGUUAGAAGCUGAGUGUGCCAAAGUUACCCAUUGUGUCAGUCCAGAUAGCACCAUCCCUGCUCCUCUGCCUGCCCAGCUCUUGCAGUGGAUCCAGUAUCAGAGCUGUAAGGGACUUCUAAAAGACCUGGAAGAACAGAUUGAGCUCUGAGUAUCAUUGGGUGCCUCUUCU